ACUUGCGGGCUGCCCCCAGAACACUCGACGCAAAAGAUGCAUUUCACCGUGUGUUUCGAUGUACAUGUGACUAAUAAAGAAAUCCUCAUCUCUUAACUAGCAUGGGGACAACGGGCCGAAUAUCACCCUACACCGUAAGGGUUGGGGGGCAAAAGGUUAAGAUGCCCAGGCCAAUUCCGGCCCCUCAGUAAAACCCCGAGCCUUGUCCCGUAGUGGGAUCUUGCUGUACGCAAGCUGGGCGCAGCAGCACCCCACUGUGGCUACAUGUGGAAGAGCAGCUCGCUGGGUCUGACGUGUCCCUGGAACGGUCCUGUAGAAAUGCAGGUCUUUGCGGGUGCUCGGAACAGUUCCCACCCCCUUUCCCUCUCUCUCUCUCUCACACACACACACACACAAGGUAGUGAGCUGCGGUAAAUCUGGGUCAGUGCCCGCAGUGUCAUUCACCGACGUGUCCAGGCUCAGGCUGAGUGGAGAGGCGAGUUAAAACUCCAGAGUCCUCAGCGACCCCCUGCCUCAUUUUUCCAGCCCCUCCGGAGACCCGGUGGCCAAUUGGACACAGCAGGAUCCCGCGGCGAUUGCGGUACUUGACCUGAGACGUGGGCUGUGAGCGACUGUUUCCCGGCGGGUGUGAGAUGCCGAACUGGGGCGGUGGCAGUAAGUGCGGGGGCUGCCAGCAGACGGUCUACCGGGCAGAGGAGGUGCAGUGUGACGGCCGGAGUUACCACCGAUGCUGCUUUCUGUGCUCUGUCUGCAGGAAGAACCUUGACAGUACGACUGUGGCGAUCCACGGACAGGAGAUCUACUGCAAGUCGUGCUACGGGAAGAAGUACGGUCCAAAAGGCUACGGCUAUGGCCAGGGGGCUAGCUUCCUCAGUAUGGACAGGGGUCAGAGGUUGGGCAUCACCGUUCAGCAGGCACAGCCUCACCAACCAACAACCAACACCAAUACUUCCAAAUUUGCCCAGAAGUUUGAGGGCGCGGACAAGUGUUCCCGAUGUGGCGAUUCAGUUUAUGCUGCAGAGAAGAUAGUCGGUGCAGGAAAGCCACUGUUUAUCUCCCUCCCCUCAGCCAUGGCACAGGACCUGUUUCCAAUGUGCCAAGUGUGGAAAGAGCCUGGAGUCAACCACUCUGACUGAGAAGGAGGGCGAAAUCUACUGCAAAAGUUGUUACGCCAAGAACUUUGGGCCAAAAGGGUUCGGAUUUGGUCUGGGGGCCGGGAGCCUCGUCCACACGCAGUGACACUGGGAUACAAGCGAUUCCCUCUUUCAGGGCUCAAAGUAGGAAUUCUUCACCUUCAGCAGCAGGACUGAGAGCUGGCUUUACGCAGCUCUCUCCUUACAAGAGUGAACAAUGAUAAUCACCAAGAAAUGUUCCAACAUGGAGUUAAUUCUCAAUGCAUCUCUGCCUUUAGCUUACUGGAGUGUCAGAGCAAUACAGCAUGGAUACAGGUCCUUUGGCCCAACCAGUCCAUGCUGACCACAGUGUCCACCCAGCUAGUCCCAGUUUCCUGCAUUCGGCCCAUAUCCCUCCAAGCGCUUCUUAUAAGGUACUAUUGUAACUGCCUCACCCACUUCCUCCGGCAGCUCCUUCUGUAUACCCACUGCGUGAAGAAGUUGCCCCUCAGGUUCCUUUUAAAUUUUUCCCCUCUCACUCUAAACCUAUAGUGUUAGCCUCCCCCAACUCUGGGGAAAAGACUGUUACCGUCCACCUUAUCUAUGCCUCUCAUAAUUUUGAACACCUCUAUAAGGUUGCCCCUCAUUCUCCUACAUCCCAAGGACCAAAGACCCAGCCUGGCCAACCUCUCCCUAUAACUCAGGCCCUCUAAUUCUGGCAACAUCCUUGUAAACCUUUUCUGCACUCCUAGUUUUAUCACAUCUUUCCUAUAACAGGGUGACCAAAACUGUAAACAGUACUCCAAGUGCUGCCUCACCGACUACUUGUACAACUAGAACAAAUGUAUUUGCGUAUAACAUCCAGCGGCUUGAGAAUAUCAGUACACUUUGACCUUCUUGAUUAAAAUUGCAUUACUUUUA